UCCUCUUCACACCUUCAUCGCAUUACACACCAACGUUGAUUUCUCUCCUUCUCUAUCUCUCAAAUUCCUUCGCCAAAAAUGGCCGAUCAGCUCACCGAUGAUCAGAUCUCCGAGUUUAAAGAAGCUUUCAGCCUAUUCGACAAGGACGGAGAUGGUUGCAUCACGACAAAAGAGCUAGGUACAGUGAUGAGGUCACUAGGUCAGAAUCCAACAGAAGCAGAGCUUCAAGAUAUGAUUAACGAAGUUGAUGCUGAUGGGAACGGGACAAUAGAUUUUCCUGAGUUUCUGAAUCUGAUGGCUCGGAAGAUGAAGGACACAGAUUCUGAGGAAGAACUCAAAGAAGCUUUCAGGGUUUUCGAUAAGGACCAGAACGGUUUCAUUUCAGCUGCGGAAUUAAGACAUGUGAUGACCAAUUUGGGGGAGAAACUGACAGAUGAAGAAGUUGAUGAGAUGAUCAAAGAAGCUGAUGUUGAUGGAGAUGGUCAGAUCAAUUAUGAAGAGUUUGUCAAAGUGAUGAUGGCAAAGAGAAGACGAAAGAGGAAUAUGACGGCGAAGCGUAGUAGCACUACUGAAUACAAAGAAGAGAACCGUCGCCGGAAAAGUCACUGCCGUAUUCUCUGACUCCGGCAUUUCUAAUUAAUUCUCUCUCUUUUAUAUGCUUGUGUGUAAAAAUAAGAGAUUUGUACCUCAACCCAAUAAAAAGGAUUUUAAACAUCAUAUCUUGUGAUUUU